GAGCCGUAAAAAGUCAUCGGAGACUACAGUGUGUGUGAAGCUCCACGAAACAUCCACUCCCAAACGACAACGAUCAACGACUACCGAUCAUCACAAUGGGCGACGCUGUUAUCACGGGAACCAACUGGCGCCUCGUCGAGGUUGGCCGCGUUGUUGUCAUUGCUGGCAACCACCCCCUCGCUGGCCGCCUCGCUGCCAUCGUCGAGAUCAUCGACCACAAGCGUGUCCUUGUUGACGGCCCCUCCGCCGACGAGAAGCUCACCGUCCCCCGCCAGGCCAUCGCCCUUUCCAACGUCCUCCUCUCUCCCCUGGUCAUCAGCACCCUCAACCGCGGCUCACGACACGGCGAGGUCAAGAAGCAGUGGGUUAAGGCCGAGAUCGACUCCAAGUGGAAGGAGACCAACUGGGCCAAGAAGCGCGAGCAGAGCGACAGAAGGAAGGGUCUUUCGGACUUUGACCGCUUCAAGGUCCUCCGUCUUAAGAAGCAACGCCGCUUCGAGGAGCGCAAGGCUCUUGCCAAGAUCAAGGCCUCUGCUUAAAUUUAUCGCUUAGGAGUCUUAUGGAGGGUUGGGUCAACGGUAUAGAUGAAGAUAUGGAACCCGGCAAGGAACGCAUAAAGGCAGCAAAGAACUGCCAAAGUCGCUUUUUUAUCCCCAUUCUGGAAGGGCUGUAAUGUCUCGGACUCAUCGUUACUACGAUGAACGGCGUCAAGUACGGAAAUUCAGAAACCAAAAAUGAAUCCAAAUACGGGGUUCGUUCCCCUUGAAACAACAGCAUUGUCUCUCUUGUGAUAUUGUCUACAUUUAAUUCAUGUUUUUUAUACUUGAUAAUUACGUCCUAAUAGACGUUCUAUAUAGUGACCAGACGUCUUUCCCCAGACUGCCUGUAGACUUGGAGGCGGCUGUAGUGUUAGAUUACCUAAUUGGGUUUAGCUCGCACCGG